AUGGUGCCAGCAGCUACCGCAAAAUACGACUGGAUCCUCGCCCUUACCUCGAUCGCUUUCAUCUUCAGUGCCUUCGGGAAUGGUGCCAAUGAUGUCGCAAACUCGUACGCGACUUCUAUCGCGGCUCGGACGCUGAACAUGGCCACGGCCGGUGUCCUGGCAGCGAUCACCGAGUUCGUCGGCGCCGUAGCGAUGGGCUCCCGAGUCACCAGCACAAUCAAGAAUGGUAUUAUUGGUAUCGACAGAUUCGAAGGAAAGCCCGGUGCUCUUAUGCUGGCUAUGGGUUGUGCGGAGAUUGGCAGCGCGACAUGGUUGAUGUUAGCGACCAAGGUGGGCUUCCCUGUGUCAACGACCCAGACUGUCGUCGGUGCUCUCAUCGGUGUCGGGUUCGCAUCUCAAGCGUCAAUUAGCUGGGGCUGGAAGAAGGGUAGCGUAUCCCAGGUGGCUGCAUCCUGGGGCAUUGCCCCUCUCAUCGCCGCUGGCUUUUCUGCAAUCAUCUUUGGCACGCUCAAGUACGGCGUCCUUGAGCGACGCGAUUCAUUCAAAUGGGCCAUGCGCUUGAUUCCAUUUUAUCUGGCCGUGACAGGUGCUAUCUUGGCUCUCUUCAUUGUCAUCGAGGCUCCAAGUGCGCCGUCACUGGAGGAGUUUGGUGCCGGCAAUGCAGUCGGCAUCAUCCUCGGGGUCUUCUUUGGCUGCCUCUUCAUCGCCUAUGUCUUCUUCGUGCCAUAUUUCAAUCGCCGUCUUGUCAAAAACGACACCCGCGUCAAGUUCUAUCACCUUCCCCUGGGCCCACUGCUCAUGAAGGAGAACCCGCCUCUCUAUUUCCCGAGUAAGGGCGACUCAGCCGUGAUCAACUAUUACGAAGAUUCCUACGGGGAAGUUCUGGCUGGCCAGAAAGAUGUAUCGAAACAGGAACCAACCGCAAUUGCCGAUUCCGUACUGUCGUCCCCAGAGAUUACCGCGAAAGCUCACUCCGAGCGACCGGAUGACGAUGAAGAGAAGAAGAUCGACUUCACAAAUACCACGCCGGAAAUCAAGCCUCGCAAGAAGCAUAUCGAACCAACUGAGCGAUUCAUCGACCCCGUUCGUGGUAUGUCCUGGAUGGAGCCCAGAAAAUACUGGGGAUAUACCAAGUGGCUGCUCCUGCAGGGCGUGACAAGGGAUGUGGUCACACACGACUCGCCCGCUCUCCGUGCAAUCCACGCCCGCGCUCAUCGGUAUGACGAUCGCGUCGAGCAUCUGUGGACCUACUGCCAAGUUGUCUCAGCCAUGAUGAUGUCUAUCGCGCACGGUUCCAACGAUGUCGCUAAUGCUGUUGGGCCCUGGGCUGCCGUGUACAGCACGUUCCAUGCCGGUGUGGUCGAAACCAAGGCGCCUACUCCAGUCUGGUUCCUGGUGAUUGCAGGCUUGCUCCUUGGAAUCGGGUUUUGGUUCUACGGGUACCAUAUUGUACGCGCACUUGGAAACAAGAUUACCCAGAUGUCCCCGACGCGUGGGUUCAGUGUUGAGCUUGGAGCAGCUAUCACCGUGCUUUUGGCUUCGCGACUUGGUCUGCCCGUCUCUACCACGCAAUGUCUGACUGGUGCGUCUAUGGGUGUUGCUCUCAUGAAUUAUGACCUUGGCGCUGUUAAUUGGAGACAACUGGGUUGGAUCUUUGGUGGUUGGGUCCUGACACUCCCUUGUGCGGGACUAGUUGCCGGGUUGAUUUGUUUGAUGGCGUUGAACGCGCCUCACUUGUAA